UGGUAUUAAUUUUGCCCGAAAGAAAAAGAGUAGAAUUUCUCCAUGGCAAAGCCUUAGACACAAAGGAAUCACUUCGCUUUCGGCUCUCUCUCAUCUCUCUAUGCUUGUCUGCUUAAAAAUUACUCCAGAACAAGAGAGAAGAAGCAGGAAGAAGAAGAAGAAUGGGAGUUUUAUCUAACAAGAUCGGAAGAGAUGAGCUGAAGCCAGGGGAUCACAUCUACUCUUGGAGGCACGCUUAUAUAUACUCCCAUCACGGGAUAUAUGUUGGUGAUGGAAUGGUGAUCCACUUCACACGUGGAGCAGGUCAGGAGAUUGGGACAGGAACUGUAUUAGACAGAAUAAUUUUCAGCUCUUCUCCUUCUCAUCCUUCGGACAAUCCAUGCCCCAAGUGUGGGGAUCAGUCAAGGCUUGAUGGUGUCAUUAAAUCCUGUAUAGAUUGCUUCCUUUCAGAUGGGGAGCUUUACCUCUUUGAAUAUGGUGUCUCACCAGUUGUCUUUCUUGCUAAGGCUAGAGGAGGGACCUGCACCCUUGCAGCUUCUGAUGCACAGGAAGAUGUACUUCACCGUGCUUCUUUCCUACUUGAAAAUGGUUUUGGUGGAUAUCAUAUCUUCAAGAACAACUGCGAGGAUUUUGCAAUCUACUGUAAGACAGGUCUCCUCGUUUUCACGAGCGUCAGUGUUGGUCGAAGCGGGCAGGCAGCAUCCUUAUUAGCAGCUGUCUCAGCUAUUGUUUCUUCACCUCUUCGAUUUUUAACGACCAGCUUUGGCGGGCUGACGGCUGUGGGCUGUGGUAUGUAUUGCCUCAGCCGGUUUGUUUCUGAUAUUGGAGUACGUCGUGAUGUGAUCAAAGUGCCGGUUGAGAGGCUUGUUUCCCAGUCUUCUUCUAUUCAAGAGCUGGAAGCUGCAGCCGAUGCGUCCAAGGAAAAGUAAUAUUAUUUACCAACAGAAAAUUGUUUGUGAUACUUGUCCUCUAGUUGAUGGUUUGAUUUGAACUUAAGAAAAAUAAAUUUCCCUGUGAAUUGUGAGUACAUGCACAAAUAUAUAGUGCCUGUGCAAACACAUCUAUGAAUCUGGAAAAUUAAGUUGAUCAACUUGGUUCUUUUCUUUUUCUUCUUUCAA